AUCAAUAAGUUAUCGAUAUGAGAUACUUGGGUCAAAGUGCACCGGCCUUCCAAAAUAUAUUUACGCAUUUAGUUUUAAAACAACUGCGAGAGACGACGCUAAGAUGUUGUUAAAAUUUAUGCUAAUCACCAUAUUCGGCUACAGCAGUAUUGUGACAGCUGAUCUCAGCGGCGUGGUUUCAGGCAACCGCAUGGCAGCUGUACCAUUGGGCUGGUCUCUUGGGGAGGGAGAAUUGGAUAUAGAAGGUGUAUGCUCCGAACCUGGUAUCACGUGCCAGAAUUGCUCUCUGGCUGUGACGUGUAUAUCAUUGCCAGUAGGGUGGUUGAAGGUUCCCCUCCAGCAUUGCCUUGAUGGUGAAACUUGCAAUGCCCAUCUGAAGACAUGUUCAAAGGAGAAUGUCCCAGAAUGUGAUGCUGUCACUUCCAAAUACCGUCAUACGUGCGAACAGAUCGGUAUAUUCCCGGACGCAUUUGACUGUCGUAAGUUCCACCUCUGUUCUCCUCCUGAAGAUGUGCCAUACGGUAGACCAGCAGACCAUAGAGUAGCUCUUUGUCCGAGACAUUACGGCUACAAUCCAAUGACUGCUCAAUGUUCGGUUCCAUUAAGGGAUGGCCAGUGCAGUAAACGACCAGUUCCAACAUGCACCAAAGUAGGUCAGGCCGCAGCUUUGGAGGACAGUCCAAAUCACUACUACGUGUGCCUUUCCAAACACGGCCAAUUGUACCCUCAAAUCUUCAUUUGCCCUCACGGCUGGUACUUCUGGGACAAUUUUUGCCGCCCAGAGCCCGAGAGGAAAAAUAAUGAAAAAACUAGCACUACCGAGAAAACGGCUGCAAUUGAAACUACAACUAAAUUAGAGAGCGCAAAAUCAGAUUUCUUCUCGACUGAAAAAGCUCGUACCUAUCCUCCGGAUACAUUUUUAGCUGACAAAUUUGAUUUAACUAAUUACGUAUCCAUUGAUGACGUUGAGCCUCACGACGAUAGUUCGUUUUCGUUUGAAAAUGGCGACUUUUGGUGAUUAAGUUUAACAAACUUAUAACCAAAAGCAUAUAGUAUUUAUAUUAUUUAGUGAACAAGAUUUUUAUAGACUUUAAUACAACUAACAUAUACUAGUAUGUACGUAGGUAUGGUUUUAACUGUGUAAGUAUAAAAAUGAAUAUAAAGUAAUUUAAUUUAUACCAGCUUCAAAAACUUGGACUUUUUUUGUAACAAUACCAAUCCAUAUCCGGGAGUAUUGCAAAAUUUUUAACGGCCAUUCGAAAAUUAAGCCUUUGAGCUCAAUUACGGUUCAGCGGUGUUCAUCCGCUGAUUCUACAAAGGAUAUUUUGAUGUGAAGUUUUAUAUCAUAAGCUGAUAGGGAUUGAUUGUACGGAGGAUUUAAUUCACAAAUGGUUAUACUAUAAUAUAAAUAUUUAAAGUGUUAUGAAAACUUUUUGGUAAUAAAUCUUUUCAAUCUAA